AAUUUUAAAGGGUGCCUCGGCAUUGUCCAUAAUUUUAAAGGGUGCCUCGGGACUGUCCAUAAUUUUAAAGGGUGCCUCGGCACUGUCCAUAAUUUUAAAGGGUGCCUCGGGACUGUCCAUAAUUGUAAAGGGUCCCUUGGGACUGUCCAUAAUUUUAAAGGGUGCCUCAAAACUGUCCAUAAUUUUAAAGGGUGCCUCGGGACUGUCCUGUCCAUAAUUUUAAAGGGUGCCUCGGGACUGUCCAUAAUUGUAAAGGGUGCCUCGGGACUGUCCAUAAUUGUAAAGGGUGCCUCGGGACUGUCC